AGAGUGUGAGUACGAAGUUAAAGCUAGUUAUCAACAGACCUGUGAGCGGAUAAAUUCAACAUGGAAAAGACGUUGGACAUAAACAAUCAACCUGGCAUGCAUUCAACACGGCAGUGCCAGGAAGAUCCACAAACUGGGAUAUUUGAAAUGAGGCAGAUACCGAUGUUGUCAGAGCCGCCGAGUUAUGAGCAGGCAACAAAUGUUGCAACACAUGUGCACACAAUACCGCCGGCAACACAAGUAAUUGUCAUACAACAGCAACCUCUACCCGCAGUUGGUCCAGAUCCUUGCCUCAUCAGUUGCCCCCACUGUCAGGUGCAAAAGUUGACGCGUGUUGAAUAUGCGCCCAGUACGAGAACACACUGUAUGGCCGCCUUGUUAUGCAUUGUGGGGUUAUGGUGUUUCGCCUGUUUGCCCUACUGUGCCACAAGCUGCAUGACUGCGAAUCAUUUCUGUGGCAAUUGCAACAAAUUUGUGGGUGCUUAUAGCAGCGAUUAAUGCUCAGAUAAAUAAACAUAGACAAUUUACCAAAAUUAUCUGCAAUCUUCCAAGCUGUUUAAAGACACAGUGAUAUAAAUACUUUGUUAUUAAAAAAAUAAAAGAAUAAAAUCGAAGCCAAGAUACAAA